AUGUUCUUCAGAAUAGUGUGGGCGUUUGGAGCGUCUGAAACAUCUGAAACGUCCCUCAUAGGGUACAUCAAAAGAAACAAACAAAUAUUUUCCACAUAUGAUGGUCCUGAUGGGAGAUUCAGAGACAGACUGAAGCUGGAUCAUCAAACUGGAUCUCUGACCAUCACAAACACCAGAACUGAACAUGCUGGACUUUAUAAACUACUGAUAAAUGGAGCAAAACUUUUAACAAAAAACUUCAAUGUUUUUGUCUAUGCUCGUCUGCCUUUUCCUGUCAUCAGCAGUAACUCGUCACAAUAUUCAUCAUCAUCAUCAUCAUCAUAUUGUUCAUUGUUGUGUUCAGCGGUGAAUGUGAGUCAUGUGACUCUCUCCUGGUACAAAGGAAACAGUUUAUUGUCCAGCAUCAGUGUGUCUGAUCUCAACAUCAGUCUCUCUCUACCUCUGGAGGUGGAAUAUCAGGAUAAAAACACCUACAGCUGUGUGCUCAACAAUCCCAUCAGCCACCAGACCAGACAGCUCAACAUUACUCAACUCUGUCAGAUUCGCUCAGAUCAGGGUUUGCCUUUAUUGCACAUAGAGCUGAUUUCUGCUGCUGCUGCUGCUGGAUCUCUGAUUGUAGCUGCAGUCGUAAUGUGCUGCAUCUGCAAUAAAUGUAGAAAAACAGCCAUGACACGACAGGAAGACAGAACUCAUUCAGCAUUGUGUAAACCAACAGGAAGAACGAAAUCAAAGAUAGAUGCUGUGUAUGAAAAUGUCCCCAAAAAAAUGAUGAUCAGAUGAACUACUGGAAAUGAUGUUAGAGUUCAAACAGGACAAUACCUCACACACACCUUUUGGUUUUGUUCACAUAUAUUCCCUGCCUUGUCUCUGUUUUGUUUCCACUAUUUAUAUCACAUGUUCUGGUGUUACAGUAAUGUCUGGAAUUUUAAUUUAAUGGUCCACCAAUAGAAUAUCAUUCAGAAUGGCAAACGUUACAUGGUCACUCUAUAAAUGAUUAGCUUAGUUCAGUUAUUUCUAAUAACAAACUCAAAAAUGUCACAAUAAAUAUUCAAGCCAUUAAGAGUGAAUCAGAUCUGCUUUAAUCUAAUUUAUCAUAUGAACAUACAA